AUGGAAGAUCCCGAAGUCGAUGUCACGACGACUCUACGUAGUGAACUUGCUGCUCUUCAGUACAAAAGAGAUCGUCUGACUGCAGAGUUGGCUGAAAUGAAAAGCCAGAUGAGGAGUCGCGAGCAAAGAUGUUUAGACCUGCAAGUGGAAGCAGACCAGCUUCGAGAACAAGCGGCAAGACAAAACGCUGUUAUAUCUUCAUUGAAGAAACGCAUCCACGAAUUAGAAGAAAGAGAACGAAAUCUCUUCGCGGCUCAAGGUCGAAGCGAGAUUGCGCUACAGACUUUGCAAAGAGAUAAUCGCUACCAUGACGACAAAGCCAAAGAAUUAGAGAAGAAAGUUAGAAAUUUAGAGUUAGAUUUGAAUGCCGAAGAACAGAAGAAAGAUUCGGCUAGAUUACAGUUGCAGGAUUUGAUAAGGCGUCUUUCCGUGGCUUUGGGGUUAGAUUUGGCCGAAACUGCUCAUUUAACGCCGGAAUCAGUUGUGCAUAAAACUUCAGAACUGGUUCAGGAAACUUCACGGUUAAGAAAUCGCUCUAAUAAUAUACAAGAUAAUUUAGCCGCUAGCGAAUUAGAUUUGCGGAACUGUAGAGAAAAUUUAGAUAGGACGAUAGCAGACAAAGAAUGUUUACAAAGGCAAUCGGCGGCACAGGUUUUAGAAAUCGAUCGCCUGCGCCAGGAAAAAGAAUCGCUCGAAAUGCAGCAGCGUGUUCUCGAAAGAGAUUUAACCGAACUAAAAGAAAAACUGGCGUUUUCGAACAGAAGCUUAGGUUCAGCUAGCGGAAAUAUAGCGCAACAAGAAAGUCAAAUUUGCCAACUUAGAGACGAAUUGAAAAUCAGGGAAGAGAAAAGUCAGAGGUUGCAGAGUGAAAAUAGACACACUUUGGAAUCGCUGGCGAUUCUUUUAAGUACGCCGUCACGUUUCGUGGAGGCUUUGGAAGCCACUAUUAAGGAUCGGAUCAGGGAUAUUUUAACCGAGAACAAAGAAAAAGAGGCGCAAAUCGAGUCUUUGAAAGACAAAUUAAACCACGAGACUCAGCAGUUAUCACGCCAAAUCUCGCUUUAUGAUCAAGCAAACUCACGGAUUCGUGUUCUCGAAGAUGAAAAGAAUCAUUUGGAAGCUAGACUGCACAAAGCUGACGCCGAAAUUAGUACAUGCGAGCUUUCGAGGGACGGCUUGAAAAGAGACAAAAGCACCUUUAUGAAUUUCUUGGAUCGAUUGGCCAGAGCUUUAAACAUGGAUGAGAUAUCGCACGACAUCGGAGUGGAUCUUCAUACGGAGUCGUUACUGCUCCGGGCCGAACAACUGGCAAGGCUAGAAAGCGAUAAGCUUGUGGAUAAGCUGCUUUGCUGUGGAUACGGGACUUUGCCCCGGCUACGUCGUGAACGAACUUGUCAUGACAUACCGUUACGCGAAUGUACCAGCUGCAAAGAAGAGUGCGAACUCUCCGGGAACAAGUUCAAAGAAAAGAUCUCCAUCUCGACCUCCUGCGACGUAAACUAG